GGUUUAAGUUUCCAAGUUAAUGAAUUGGUGUAAUAGUAGUGUAAUCUCUAUAGGUGUAGGAGACUGCAGUGAAAUAUGCUACAAAGAUCCUGUGGUAAAAGACCGACCAUGGACUACAGUUAUGGAUCGUUCUCCUGGAGAGGCCAAAUACUCUGAGAAUUGCUUUCACGCAUGUGUUGCAGGCUGUGGUUACAAGUUUGAUGUUGAAGCUGAGAUAGUCAAUAAGGUGAAACCAAAGAGAAAACCAAUGCAGCCUUCUACUGAGGAUGUUCCUGCAACUUCAGCUUGACAUAUCACAUAUCACCAUCAAAGGCUAACAAUUGAAACUCCUCAAUUUUUGGUAUUUAACAAGUGAGGGAGUAUUAAUGUUCAAGGUAGCCAACUCAAAGCAAUUGGUCCAUAAUCCAUUUUCUUGAUCGCUUGUAAUGGAGAUUGUAGAGUGUAUUAGUGGGACUCGUCCCGUGGAUGUCCUUAUGAUUGUUUUUGGUCUCUAAGGCAUAUUAAUGAAAUAGAACAUCACAAA